AAUUACUCUAAAUAACUUUAUCCCGAAACAGGGGGCACAAGUUCACGAACUUAGGAGCUGAGCUGAAUUUUAUCACGAAAUGGGAUCCAAUAAGAGGUUCACGAAUACAUACAUGUAAAAAUAAGUUUUAACUAAAACUCUAUGGUUUAUACAUUAAAUUACUACCAAAGAAUUAAUAUAACUUAAUCAAAACCUUAAAAGGUAUUACCAUGCUUAGUAAUAUUCAAAAUAAAAAAUAUACGAAUUCUCAAGAGUCUUUAACCUGCCGAAACUUUACCAUUUUUUUAUUACAUAAGUCAAUAUGCUAAAAGUCAUUGAUAAAACUGGAACUAUAAAAUUCGCAAAUUUAUGCAUUCCGUCAAAUAAGACACAAAUAUGGUAUUCACGCUAUAGAAUUGGCAUAAUGUGUAUUAUAAAAACGCAUAAAUAUAUUUGCUAACAUUCGCUAACAAGAAGUUGUUUGGGAUGUCCAGUAGGACAGAAAUAUCAUAUUUAAACAAGGAUUCUUGUGUGUUGUGAUCAGUGUGUGAUAUUGAAACAAGUGUGACGAUUCGCAAGAUGUUCAAGAUUACGAUCCUGCUAACAGUAGUCGUGAUGACGACGGUCACUGCCCAGUUCGGUGGUCGGGGCGGCAGACAAGGCUUUGGCGGUAGUGGUUUCGGCGGCCAAGGAGGCUUCGGGGGCCCCGGAGGAGGCAGCUUCGGCGGGGGAUUCGGACGCCCAGGCGGCGGAUAUGGCGGCCAGGGAGGAUUCGGAAACCGUCCAGGUGGAUUUGGCGGACAGGGAGGCUUCAACCAAGGAGGAUUUGGACAAGGUGGAUUCGGCGGAGGACCGGGAAGUUUCGGUCAAGGAGGCUUUGGCCAAGGCGGAUUCGGAGGACGGCCGGGAGGUUUUGGUCAAGGAGGUUUUGGGGGACAAGGAUACGGUAGCCAAGGAGGAUUCGGUCCUGGGGGUUUCAGUGGCUAAACAAGUAUUUAAUUUGGGCGGUAACGUCUAUAAACUAAGGACUUGAAAUAAAAACAUUGUGAUAGUAACAUAUUAUAUUAUUUUAAGUAUUUUGUUAAAAAUAAAUUAAAAAGUUAAAAUUAUACAA